AUGGUGCUAGUUUGUACUAUAGGAAUCCCUGAGAAAGCAGCAGCUUUGGGCUUGAGAACUCUCAUGGAUGAUGUUGUAUGUAAGACAAACUCUUACCUACACAGAGUGUCUCAUGGCCUUUCCAUUUGUUUGACAAGCCUCUUAAGUAUUCUUCAGGCCAUCAUCAUUAGUCCAAAUAGCUCUUACUGGGCAGCGUUUAAAACCAGAAGCCCAUUAUACAUCCUUUACUCCUUUUUCUUUGUUUGGAUCCUUAACCUACUCAUAUCUUCUAAGUUAAUUAUCUCAGUUAUAGUCCUCAAGAAUGGAACCCUAUCCAGAGACAUUGUAAAAUCUUGCUUUAUUUUGCCAAUGGAUGAUCUUAGUAAUUGGUUCUUUCUCAUGUUCAUGGCCCUUCGAGAUGUCUCCUUCCUGGGUGUUAUGUGCUGGACUAGUGGAUAUAUGCUGCGUCGCCUCUACAGACAUCAUAAGCAAACACAGCACCUUCACAAGCCAAGCACCCCUUUUAAAAGGAGCCCUGAGAUGAAAGCAACUAAAAAGAUCAUUGUUUUGACUCUAUGCUUUGUCUCUUUCUAUGGGCUUGAUACGAUUGUUUCCUUCACCAUAGUUUAUUUUUCAACAAAUGACCCUGGGUUUUUGAACGCUAAGAAGUUCAUUGGGGUGAGCUUUGCCUUAUUAAGUCCUGUGGUACUUCUCAGCAAUGACAACCAACUCCACAGAUUUUGGGCAUCUGUCUUUGAGAAAAUAAUGACCAAGAAGGAUGAAGCACAAUAA